UCUCAUAAUAUAUUACAAAUGUCGAUUUCAAUUUAAUUUGGUUAUGCCAUUUGUUUCACAACUUUAUUAAUUUCUACGAAAUCAGCUUGCUACGCUUUGUACGUGACACCCUGUAUAUUUAAAUAUGACACAUUUUGCUACUAGAGCCUUUACAGUGUAAUAUUAUGCAGUAGUAUUUAAAAAUGAAUACUUUGUGGAAGAAUACUCGUAAAGCUCUCAAAGACUUUGCUAAUGUCCUAGUAUGCAACAAGUGUGGAAAUGAAUCAAAAAAUACAAUGAGAUACAACAAUUGUGGUCACUUUUUUUGUGAUCAUUGUAUUGGAAGUAAGUCAGAAUGUAUCAUAUGUAACAUGCCAGUGCAACCAAUCGAAGUACAUAGCGAUCAUAUGAUUAAAAGUCUUACAUCUUACUGUAAUAUCAUUGCAGACAUAAUAGAUGAAAAAGAGUUAUGGAAUAAAUCUACAAAUUUUACAAGCAUCAGACAAAUACCUCCAUUAAUAUUAAACUCAGAAUCUAAAGCUAUUAGUAAAAAAGCACUUAGAAUACCAAAAACAAACAUAAAUAAACCAAAUGCAAAAGGAGAGACAAAAUUACAUGCUGCGUGUCUGAAGAAUAACGAAGAGCAUGUAAAAAGACUGUUAGCUGCGGGUGCAAAUCCUAAUACAAAAGAUAACUAUGGUUGGACUCCUUUACAAGAAGUUGUAAAUUAUGGAUUCACGAAUAUAUGUCAGUUGCUCUUAGCAUGUGGCACAUCACCCAAUAUUCCAGGUGCAGAAAAUAGAACACCAUUACAUGAAGCUGCCAUACAUAAUAGAUUAGAAGAAGCAAAGUUGCUCUUACAGUAUUCUGCUAAAAAGAAUGUGUAUGACAAACAUGGAAAUACACCUAUGAACUACUGCAAGUCGUUUAAAGAAUUGUGGAAUCUUUUGACAAAAGGAUGCGAGAUCAAUGACACAUCUGAAACAAUUGUGAAUUCUACCUUAAAUAGUACUCUAGAACAAUCAUUUUGUACCACACCAUCGUUAAAUACGUUUGUUGUAUAUGAACUAAAUUUGAGGGAAGAAAAUAGUAAAUAUUUACAUCAGAUGGUUUCAAAACAUAAAAUUAAAAUUACAUCUGUAUUUCGGUCAACUGUAACUCAUGUCGUAGUGGAAGCAAAUAAUCAAAAUAUUGUACAAUUAUCAUACGACAUAAUGGUAGCACUUCUCCGUGGAAAAUGGAUACUUAAUAGUGAAUGGAUUCAGUUAGUUUUGGAUGUGGAUGAUAUACUAGCCGUGGAUUUAGAAUUAUUUGAAAUUAGUGGUACUCCAAUUAUAGGUGUUCCAAAGAAAGCCAGAAUAAAUGCGCAGAACCAGAAUCCAGGUCUUUUCGACCAAUGCCACUUUUACUUUGCUAUGCAAUCAAUGAACACUUACUAUGUAAGUGGCAUGCAACUAACUAAAGAUUCUCUAUUGAAACUUGUCCGCGAAGGUAAUGGGUCGGUUCUGACAAGAGAACCACGUCCAGACGAUAUAAAAGGCGAAGAACAAAUUAUCCCUUUUCAUACUGCCAAUGAACCUUCUCAUCCAUUAUACAAGUGCACUUAUUAUAUUAUAUACGUACCAGGAAGAGACGAGCCACGUGUAAAAUAUAAUAUGCCUCAUAUAAAAACGUUGCCGCUUUUAUGGUUAAUCGAAUCUAUAGAAAGAUUUACAUUGGUCGAUCCGUCGCAUCUAGGUUUAUUGUAAUAAGUUCUUAUAUUUUUUAUAUUUGUUUAACCUCUACGAUAGUUACAUACUUACGUUUUUUUUAUUACUGUAACUAGUUCAAUGUGAAUUAAUAUUACUGAGAAAUAUAAUACGAUUUAUAAUUUUAAUAGAAUAUAAUCUUUAUUACUAGUCGAUACAAAUUUUAAUUUAAGAAAAACAUAUUUUUGUUUGCAUACUUUUUUUAAAAAAACUUAAAACAUUUACAAGUAGAUAGUACUAUUAUAAACUAAUAUUUUAAUUUUUGUUUAAUUUUGUAACGUAAAGAAUAUUUUAAUUCUGUACUAUGAUUACGAGAGAUCAACCGUUGCGCAAAGAACGAUAAAUUCCAAAGGGAAAUAUCGUACGGUACCUCGUACAUUUACUGGUAAAGUACCGCUAGCCGUGAACAUAUACAUCUAUAUGUACGCUGUGAGGAAGAGAGAAUGAAAAAAAAGACUGGUGUAGAGCGAGAGAGAAGUAAAGCGGAAGAACUGUACGAAGAUAG